GCACCGAGAACGGCAUUUUCGUAAUGAAACAGGAUUCGCUUACUAUCAGUACAUGCUUUCUGGGCGUAAGAGGCAAAUAGGCCAAUUGAGUUAUGCGAUUUGACCAACCCAUGUUUAAAGGCAGCUGAGCCCACCUCAGCAGAAACCUCGAACCCGGCUUCACACCCUUUCAACGACUUUUGUUGCAUCGAAACCGGCGCGCAUCCUGCAUCCAAUUUGAACAGCACACUGAUGCAAUAGCCAGGAUGUCUAUCCCCGGCUUGGGUCAGCUUCUUCCACAGCCCACGACAUCCACCACGAGAAUCGUCGCCCUGAAACGGCUUAGCGAAUGGCGUUUCGAUGCCUCCCGCAGCUCGUCCACCGGCGUCAAGGUGCGCCUCAUCAGCGGCACCGCAGAGCGCGACGGCACCGAGCUCGCCCUCAACAAGACCUACACAUUCGUGCGGACAAAGUCAAAGAUCCUCACAUGGAGCGGUUGCACACUCGAGAUCAGCGGCGAGAGCCAAGACUACGUGACCGACUUUCCGGUUGCCGAAGACUCACCCAUGGUCAGCUACCUGAACUUGCACUUUGAGUUGCAAGCCCAGCGGAAAGCUGCUGCCAAUGCGACGCGCCGGAACCGGCCAGGGCCGAGAGUCAUGGUAUGCGGCCCUCAAAACAGCGGCAAGACGAGCCUGGUGCGGAUGCUCGCCGCGCUCUCAACAAAGAUGGGCGGCCAGCCGCUCGUGGCCAACCUCGACCCGGGCGAGGGACUGCUGUCGCUACCGGGGACAGUGAGCGCCGCCGUGUUCGGCAACGUGAUGGAUAUCGAGGAGCCCGCCGGCGGCUUCGGUGUUGGGAGUACCCCUAGUAGCGGCCCCAGCGCGGUGCCCGUCAAGCUGCCCAUUGUCUACUACUUUGGGCGCGAGAAGGUGCAGGACGAUGUAGCGUUAUGGAAGGAUCUCACGAGCAAACUAGCCAGCUCCGUGCGCGCAAAGUUUAGCGAGGACGACGAGGUCAGGUCUGCCGGCCUCGUCCUCGACACGCCGGUUGCAACGACAAACCAGAGCGAUAUUGACUCCCUGGUGCACGCCGCAAGAGAGUUUGCCGUGAAUAUUGUUGUAGUUCUUGGCUCCGCUAGAAUCGAGUCAACGCUCCAGCAAAUCCUCGGGCAAGAGAAGACUUCUUCCGGAGAGCCCAUCAGUGUUAUCAUGUUAGAUCAGUCUGAAGGCGUCGCAGCGCGGGAUAAUGACUUUGUAAAGUCCAUCCGCGAAGCAUCGAUCAAAGAGUACUUCUUUGGGGAUUCCAAGAGAACACUGAGCCCGUCUACGCAGUCAGUAAGCUUUGACGACGUAGCGAUCUUCAAAACACCAGAUGAAGAGGGAUACGAGACGCCCCCUGUCGGCCAGGUUCUUGAGCCCGCCGAGAUAACCGCAGGAAUGUCUCACUGGACCUUGGCAGUCAUGGACGCCUCCGUAAACGACCCCCCAGAAACGAUCAGACAGGCCCCAGUUAUUGGCUUCAUUGCGGUAGCAGACGUUGAUGAGGAUCGGAGGCGUCUUAAGAUCCUCUCGCCGGUCACCAGCCGCCUGGGCAACAAGCCACUGGUGUGGGGCCGUUGGCCUGAGCCGUACAUCAACCUGCUGGGCUAAUAACCCGGGUUUUACGUACGGCAUCAUCUUUUACAAAGCAUAAGGUAUUCGUUACCGGUCACCCCUAGCUACUGGAAGUGUUAGCUGAAAAGCGGAUGGAAAUGUAGGCGGUGCGAAAAUAUUUAUCCACUCGGGCUAGGAUAACCACUCGGAGGCUAGGAUCGGUCCAUAGAUACCCGGAUUAAGGCGUUGAUGUGUUGUCAUUCCGAGCAAUAGCCCAGCGG